GACGGACUGUGAUCUGUGGACGGACUGACGGAUGACAAGUUUGACUUUUGGCUAUCGUUUGAAAAGUCCGGGGUCCGGUUGUUUCAUUUGCAGAAAAAUUUUUAUUCUCAUUCCUCAAAAAAUAAUAAAAAUGGCACCAUUUAAAAUUGUUAUGGUAAGACAUGGUGAAUCAGAAUGGAAUGAAAAAAAUCUGUUCUGUGGAUGGUACGACGCAAACUUGAGUGAAAAAGGCAAGCAAGAAGCUGAAAAUGCUGGUAAAGCUCUGAAGGAUGCAGGCUAUAAAUUUGAUAUUGCAUAUACAUCAGUUCUUACCAGAGCCCAAGUUACACUCCAGGCUAUAUUGAAAGGGAUUGGGCAAGACGAUUUACAAACUAUCAAAACUUGGAGACUGAAUGAAAGGCAUUAUGGAGGACUUACGGGCUUGAAUAAGGCAGAAACUGCUGCUAAAUAUGGAGAUGAGCAGGUAGCUAUCUGGCGGCGCAGCUUUGACAUUCCACCACCACCAAUGGAAGCUGAUCAUGCUUACUAUGACACUAUUGUUAAGGAUCCCCGGUACUCUGAAGGACCGACUCCAGAUCAAUUCCCUAAGUUUGAAUCUUUGAAACUUACUAUUGAACGUACUCUGCCAUUCUGGAAUGAAACUAUUGUGCCACAAAUUAAGGCUGGCAAGCAAAUUUUAAUUGCUGCUCAUGGCAACAGUUUGAGAGGCAUUGUCAAACAUCUUGACCAACUAACAGAUGAUCAAAUUAUGCAGUUGAAUCUUCCUACAGGAAUUCCGUUUGUGUACACUUUAGAUGAUAACCUAAAACCAAUCAAGAGUUUGGAAUUUUUGGGAGAUCCAGAAACAGUAAAGAAAGCUAUGGAAGCAGUAGCUGCACAGGGCAAAGCCAAAUAAACAAGUAGAGUUUAUUUUAUUUAACAAUUAAUAUUUAUUUAAUAAAGAAAAUUUAAAAAUUUGUUCAUAAUUGUUGUGAAUUGUGUAUGUGAAGUUGAGAAAAUUAGAUAACAGUCG